AGGGCAUAAAAGGGAUCGUGAAUCCAACCAGAGUUUCUUCUCUUUCUCUCCUUAUCUCUGCCGAUUUCUCUCCAAGGCGGUCUCUUUUCUCUCUCUCUGUCUCUCAAUCUUCCUCCUUCAAUCUAGGGUUCCUCAGAAUCUCUUUCCUAAAUCUUUCCUUGUCGUCAAUUUGCUGUCUUUGACAGAGGAAAAACUGCUCUUUUGGUCUCUCUGGAUUUGGGUUUCCUUCAAUUUCUCGACUUCUCUCGGUUUCUUCCGAUUCAAGUUGUGAUUCGAAUAAGAUGACCGUCUCUGAUUCCGAAUCCAUGGUGGAGAUCGGAGUUUGUGAUAUUCCUGUAACUCCAGAGGAGGAGAGACGUAUUGUGACGGAGCUGACUAGCGAAGCGGAGGGGAAUUUAAAAGAGGGAAACUUGUAUUUCGUGAUCUCGAACAGGUGGUACACAAGCUGGCAGAGAUGUGUUGGGCUACUAACAGAAGAAUUAUCUAGUGAAGAGCCUUCAGAAGUUACCAGGCCCGGACCAAUUGACAAUCACGAUAUUAUUGACAGUGAAAGUGACGCUAGUGAUCCGCAGCUUCGUAAAAGGCUGGAGGAAGGUGUCGACUAUGUUCUAGUUCCUGAACAAGUUUGGAGAAAGCUCGUGGAAUGGUAUAAAGGAGGUCCUCCAAUACCGAGGAAGAUGAUCUCUCAAGGGGAUUACAGUAAGAGCUACAGUGUGGAGGUUUACCCACUCUGCCUUAACUUGACAGACAGUAGCGACGAAAGUUGUACCAUCAUAAGGUUGAGCAAACAGGCUUCUAUAAGUCAACUUUAUGAGAUGGUUUGUGCUCUAAGAGGUGUAUCCAAAGAAAAGGCUCGCAUUUUUGAUUACUUCCAGAAGAGUAAAAGCGUAUUCCUGGAUCCUUCAUCUGAAAAAAGCUUGGAGGAAUCGUGCCUUCAAUUAGACCAGGAUAUUCUUCUUGAAGUUAAUGGGUCUGCGUCUUCUCAAUUUGACAUGAGCUUGGCGGGAAAUGAGUUAGCUCUGGUACCUGUAGAGCCUAUGAGAUCAGAUGGUGAGGGGACGGUAUCUAAUGGUUACUCCAACGGUUCCAAGUUUAGCCUCUUUGGGCGAAAUCCUUUCGAAGAUGAUGGUUGUGAUUCGUCGAGUGCCUUUGGGAAAAAAGAGAGGAGAGGUUUAGGAGGAUUGCAGAAUUUGGGAAACACCUGCUUCAUGAAUAGCACUCUUCAGUGUUUGGCCCAUACACCGCCUGUUGUUGAAUAUUUCUUGAAAGAUUACAGCGAGGACAUUAAUGCAGAUAAUCCUUUGGGAAUGCGUGGUGAGCUGGCGAUUGCAUUUGGUGAACUUUUGAGGAAGUUGUGGUCAUCCGGUCAAAAUUCAGUUGCACCACGCUCUUUUAAGACAAAAUUGGCUCGAUUUGCACCACAAUUUAGUGGUUAUAAUCAGCAUGAUUCUCAAGAAAUGCUUGCUUUCUUGUUGGAUGGGCUUCAUGAAGAUUUGAACAAGGUUAAACGAAAACCUUACAUUGAAGCUAAAGAUUCAGAUGGUCGUCCAGAUGAUGAAGUGGCCGAAGAAAAGUGGAAAUAUCACAAGGCCCGAAAUGACUCUGUGAUAGUUGAUGUUUGCCAAGGACAAUACAAGUCAACACUGGUCUGCCCAGAUUGUGGAAAAAUCUCAAUUACUUUUGAUCCCUUUAUGUACUUAACUUUGCCAUUGCCAUCAAGUCGCACUCGAUCAAUGACAGUUGCAGUAUUUUACGGCGAUGGAAGCCAUCUUUCAGUGCCAUACACUGUAACAGUUCCUAAAGAUGGUUCUUGUAGAGAUCUCAGUAAUGCAGUAGGCGCUGCUUGCGGCCUGAACAAUGAUGAGUUUCUUUUACUCGCAGAGGUUUAUGAUCACAAGGUCUUUAAAUAUUUUGAGCAUCCCCUGCAAUCGCUGAGUGCGAUAAAAGACAAUGACCAUAUUGUGGCAUAUCGGUUCAACCAGAUGCACAGAGGACCAGGAAAAGCCAAACUUGAAAUUCUCCAUGGAGAGCAGAAAAAGUCUGAUAGUGUCGGAGAUCUAAAGCUCUUUGGAACUCCCCUUGUUACUUAUGUCAAUACUGAACCACUUAGUGUAACUGACGUUGAUUCAAUUAUUUCUGGAUUGCUGUCACCUCUACACCGGACUCAUUCAUCAUCUAUGGUUGAGGAUGGAGAGGAAAACGGCCACAUUCCAGACGUUGCUGAUGAAACACCUGGAAGCUUAUCACCUAGAGACACUGAAACAGGGGAUAUUGCAGUUGAUGAUGAUAAAGAGCUAUCCUUCAACCUCUUCUUGUCAGAUUACUCUUUCAGUCCCAAGCUACUCGAGUCCGAUUUAGUUGUGAAUCCUCGUAGUGUUACAAAGGUUAUAGUCAAGUGGAACGAGAAAGAGCAUGAAAAAUAUGAUUCCAGCUACUUGGAUGAUCUACCUGAGGUUCAUAAAACAAGUUUCUCGGCGAAGAAGAUAAGGCAAGAGGAAACUUCUUUGUUUUCGUGCUUGGAAGCCUUUCUAGCAGAAGAGCCUCUCGGACCAGAUGAUAUGUGGUAUUGUCCUGCGUGCAAAGAACACAGACAAGCGAACAAGAAGCUAGACUUGUGGAAGUUGCCAGAUAUACUUGUGAUCCACCUGAAACGGUUCACGUAUAGUAGAUACUUCAAGAAUAAGAUUGAUACAUUCGUGAAUUUCCCGAUUCAUGAUCUAGAUUUAAGCAAGUACGUGAAGAACAAAGACGGUCAAACAUAUCUUUACGAGCUGUAUGCUAUUAGCAAUCAUUACGGUGGCCUAGGAGGCGGUCACUACACUGCUUACGCUAAGUUGAUGGACGAGAAAAAAUGGUAUGAUUUUGAUGACAGCCAUGUUUCAGCUAUAGAUGAAUCAGAGAUCAUGACUCCGGCUGCAUAUGUUUUAUUCUAUCAAAGAGUGAGAAGUGAAUCAGAGACAUCGAAUAUGGAUGAGGAUUAGUUCAUUCUUCAGGAUUCAUGACAAAGAUUUGCUCAAGAAGAUUCCAGUCAUUGGUCUCAUUGCUCUAAUGUUUUCUUCUAAAGCCUAUUGACUUAAGAAAUUAGAUUCUUUAACAUUGUUUGAUUAGGGUAUAUUACCAUUUCCCCAGUGUGGGAUAAAAUUUUGGGCAGUGAAGAAACAGAUUAUAUAAUGUGUAGGUGGGUGGAGAAAUUGCCCUGCGAUUAGAUAUUCCAGAUACACUUACUAGUUACUAAUAUACGAGUUGUUCUUACAA